AUGGACGUCCGCCUGUACCCCUCGGCGCCCGCGGUGGGCGCGCGGCCCGGGGCCGAGCCGGCCGGCCUGGCGCACCUGGACUAUUACCACUGCGGCAAGUUUGAUGGUGACAGUGCCUACGUGGGGAUGAGUGACGGAAACCCGGAGCUCCUAUCAACUAGUCAGCCCUACAACAGCCAGAACGAGAGCAACGAAGACUAUGAGAUCCCCCCGAUAACACCUCCCAACCUCCCUGAGCCAUCCCUCCUGCACCUGGGGGACCACGAAGCCGGGUACCACUCGCUGUGCCACAGCCUCGCGCCCAACGGCCUGCUCCCUGCCUACUCCUACCAGGCCAUGGACCUCCCUGCCAUCAUGGUGUCCAAUAUGCUGGCCCAGGACAGCCACCUGCUAUCAGGCCAGCUGCCCACGAUCCAGGAGAUGGUCCACUCGGAGGUGGCUGCCUACGACUCGAGCCGGCCAGGACCCCUGCUGGGCCGCCCGGCGAUGCUGGCCAGCCACAUGAGCGCCCUCAGCCAGUCCCAGCUCAUUUCUCAGAUGGGCAUCCGGAGCAGCAUCGCCCACAGCUCCCCGUCACCCCCGGGGAGCAAGUCAGCCACCCCCUCUCCCUCCAGUUCCACUCAGGAGGAGGAGUCGGAAGCACAUUUCAAGAUGUCGGGAGAGAAGAGACCCUCAGCUGACCCAGGGAAAAAGGCCAAGAACCCAAAGAAGAAGAAGAAGAAGGACCCCAACGAGCCACAGAAGCCCGUGUCAGCCUACGCGCUCUUCUUCAGAGACACUCAGGCUGCCAUCAAGGGACAGAACCCCAGCGCCACCUUUGGGGAUGUGUCCAAAAUCGUGGCCUCCAUGUGGGACAGCUUGGGAGAGGAGCAGAAACAGGCCUACAAGAGGAAGACCGAGGCAGCAAAGAAGGAAUAUCUGAAGGCUCUGGCAGCCUACAGGGCCAGCCUUGUCUCCAAGAGCUCCCCGGACCCAGGUGAGACCAAGAGCACACAGGCGAACCCGCCAGCCAAGAUGCUCCCACCCAAGCAGCCCGUGUACGCCAUGCCAGGCCUGGCCUCCUUCCUGACGCCGGGGGACCUGCAGGCCUUCCGCAGCGGGGCCUCUCCCGCCAGCCUCGCCCGGACGCUGGGCUCCAAGUCGCUGCUGUCAGGCCUCAGCGCGUCCCCGCCUCCGCCACCCUCUUUCCCGCUCAGCCCACCGCUCCACCAGCAGCUGCCACUGCCCCCCCAUGCCCAGGGCGCCCUCCUCAGUCCACCUGUUAGCAUGUCCCCAGCCCCCCAGCCUCCAGUCCUGCCCACUCCCAUGGCGCUCCAGGUGCAGCUGGCUAUGAGCCCCUCACCUCCCGGGCCACAGGACUUCCCUCACAUCUCCGAGUUUCCCAGCGGCUCUGCAUCCCGCUCACCUGGCCCGUCCAACCCCACGAGCAGCGCAGACUGGGACAGCAGUUACCCCGGCGCGGAGUGUGGCAUCAGCACUUGCAGCCUGCUCCCCAGGGAUAAAUCGCUCUACCUCACCUAAUCCCGCCUCCCCCUCCUCCCUGAGGCUGCUGGAAGGGCACUGCUCAGAGCCUGAGGGGCCGACAGCAGAGAAAGGCCUUGGCAGGAAGCAGGGUGAUGGAGAAGAGAGAGAGCAGUGACAGCCAAUGCCCCAGGGCUGAGUCUCUUCCUCAACCUCCCACCAGACUGCAGAGGCAGCCACCGCCCGCCGCCAGCCCAAAGAACCUGCAGGAACCUUCCGCCCCCGACCUGCUUGCUCCAGGGUCACCGUGGCCCCCGCUUCUCGCCCUGCACACCGCACCCUAUGUCUGGACGUCUGGCCCUGGCCCACGCUCAUGUGGGCUGCCCCUGGCGGGGUCGCUUACCAACAGAAGCCCACCCCCAGAUGCAUGGGGCAGGGGCCAGCCUAGCCACAGACGUGCAAAUCCGGUUUUACAGUGUGAACAAAAGAUUCUGAACCCUAUGAACUGUUGGUUCCGUGUAAGUAGUUGACUAAGUGUUUAGAACUGUGCUGAAGACAUCUGUAAGAUUAUUUUGUGGGGGGAGAAAAGUAGUUUCCUUUAAGGUAAAAAGCAUUUUAUAUGACCCUUAGCACAUGUUUUUUAAGUUUUAUCUUCAGGGAGAUGUGCACAGAGGCGGCUGCCACCCUGUUUCACCGUCUGUACAGCAAGAACCAGAAAAUUUAUAGCCACACUCGGAGGCGUUGCGUUUUUUUUUUAAACCAUCUAUUUAAAAUGGCCAACAAUGACUUUUGUCUAUUUAUGAAGAAAAAUUGAGAACAGAAAUGCGGUUUAUCCUAAAGCGUGCGUGGUGUGGGGUUUGGUUUGGGUUUUGGUUCUUGGUGUUGUUUGCCGCUGUUUCUUGGCCCUGGCGAAUGUCUGUCUCGGUGCCCAGUGCUUCUCUCAAACUUCUUUGUAAUAAAACUUCUGAAAAGUUGA